AGGCUUCCUCUUCGUGAUUCUGCUAUGCCUUGAGCGCAGCGACAUCUGCAGAAAUAAAAUGAGUAAAUUUAGGAACACCCGGUACCACUCCCGGCUCAAACUCCGUUCGGUCAACAUCCAGUGGCAUCAGGCGAUCGACAAUGGCAGACCUCAGCAGCAAGGAUGUCGAAAGGGCAGAAUUCGCCUUCUCCAUCUACGACAACGACGGCACCAACGUCAUUGACGCCGUUGACCUUGGCAACGUCCUUCGUGCGUUGAACUUGAACCCGACGAAUGUCACCAUCGAGAAGCUGGGCGGCACGAAGAAGAAGGGCGAGAAGAAAAUGAAAAUCGACGAAUUCCUGCCCAUAUUCAGCCAAUGCAAAAAAGACAAGGACCAGGGAUGCUACGAGGACUUCCUUGAGUGCUUGAAACUGUAUGACAAGCAGGAGAAUGGAACCAUGCUCGGCGCAGAACUGUCUCACACGCUUCUGUCGCUUGGUGAACGUCUCACGGACCAAGAAUGCGACGUUGUGCUGAAGGACUGCAUGGACCCAGAGGACGACGACGGUUUCAUCCCCUAUGCCCCCUUCUUGAAGAAGAUGAUGGUGCUGUUGUAAGCGAUCGAGGUGUUAUCGAGACAAAUGAUCAUUCAUCCGUUCCUUCGUAAACUAUGUGAGAGGGCGACAGCGGGGCCUGAAAACUAAUGAACAACAAGAUCGGCCGUGCAAUCGGCAUCCAUCCGCCACGCUCCGCAUCGACGAAGGACACACAUUUGCCAUAUUCGUCACAUUCGCCACACUUUCUCAUCCCCCCGUUCGUUCAUCGCACGAUUACACGAGGACUCAUUUCACGAUUUGCAUGUGAAUCGCAAUCCAAUCUUGAAAUCAACAUCGUCGAGACGUCAACGACAUUUGACGCGGAAAGCGCAGCAGGAAAAAA